AUAUGCUCGGGAACCUUGGUGAGAUUAGUAACAUAUCAUGGCGAGUUACCUCGAAUUGACACCCGUUAAGAUAUGCGUCGCUUCGAUUGCCUCCCUGGAGGAUAGUGGACGAUUGUGGGGGGGCUUUCACUAUGGGAACAAUUGGAGGAGGUGUUUUCCAGGCUGUGAAGGGCUUCCGAAAUGCACCUGCAGGUGUGGCACACAGAUUAAAAGGUAGCGCAAAUGCGGUCAGGAUACGAGCCCCACAGAUUGGAGGUAGUUUUGCUGUAUGGGGCGGCCUUUUCUCAACUAUAGACUGUGGUUUAGUCCGCCUGAGGGGUAAGGAGGAUCCCUGGAACUCCAUCACAAGCGGUGCAAUGACUGGCGCAAUUCUUGCUGCACGCAGCGGGCCAUUAACCAUGAUGGGCUCUGCCAUGAUGGGUGGCAUCCUCCUUGCUUUAAUUGAAGGCUUUGGAAUCCUGCUAACCAGAUAUACAGCACAACAGUUCCAAAAUCCUCCUCCCUUCACAGAGGACCCAAGUCAUCUCCCCUCAAAGGAAUAUGGCCAGCAAGGACCUAUCACGAGAUGAUGUUGAGCUUCAGACCUGAACAACAAGAAAGCAGGACUUAUCCCCAUAUGCCCAUCAUGAUUCUACUUGCUAGCACUUGUCUGAAUCAUACCUUACACCUCUUUGAUACUUAUAAGUGACCAUUUAAACUGAUAGAGGUUGAUCUUGCAGUAUAAAUCAUUUGGGCAGCCAUUCAUGUGUUCAUGUUUUGCACCAGCACUGUAUAGCUUUAUUUACCAAAUACUGCUUGCUGUUGAGUAUUGCUGAAUUUUAUGUGUAUCUGCAGGGCUGGACUUCAGGACACACUAAUCUGUAGCUUCACUUGAUGGUUCAAAGACCAAGAUAUUACAUUUUCUUAGACCUCAUUGCUCUCAGCGUGUUAAGUCAACGGUUACCUCAUUGUGUAUUGUUGUUAACCAUUUGUAUUAUUUAAAAAAAAUAAUAGCCUCCUUCAGUGUUGGUGUGAAAGUGACUGGUUUGUUUUGAUUUACUCCCUACAGUGUUAAAAACUACAAUCUCUGAUGUUGUAGUAAGACAGCGCCACAGUUUUAUAGCUGCACAAUCAGGGCAAUAAGCACUUUAACAUUGUUAAAUUAAAAAGCAGAAUAAUGAUGAUGUGUUGUAUUUCUUUAAGAGACAACCGUAUAUAUUGUUUAUUUAGUGUAAAAUUGUAUUUAUAAAACUCUGAUCCAGUAAAAAAAAAAUGGAAUGCUGAUUCAGUUGAUUGUGUUCUUGUGUUUAUUUCCAUUAGUGAAGUAGAAUUUCGAUGAAAAUGUAAAAACAACUACACCUCUGUAGUGAGAACACUGCUAUAUAUUAUAUUUUCCGAACAUAUAUUUUACUC